AGAAGCCAUAUUGAAAUACAAAGAGGACGAGCGUCGAUGUGUUAUCACCAUAUCCCUGUUAAACUCACUGUCUGAUUUUUCAUACUGGAUUCACUCAACAGACAGGAGGGCUCACCAUCGCGUUAAUCUACCAAACCGGUCAUUUCACCCGAGGUUUCAAGAGAGGUCAAGAAGACAGUGUUCACGAGAUCCCAGUUGGGAUCUAAAAAUGAGCAGCAACAGUAACAAGAGGGCACCAACCACAGCGACACAACGACUAAAACAGGACUACCUGCGGAUAAAGAAAGACCCCGUGCCUUACAUUUGCGCUGAGCCUCUCCCCUCCAACAUUUUGGAAUGGCACUAUGUAGUACGAGGCCCAGAGAAAACCCCUUAUGAAGGUGGUUAUUAUCAUGGCAAACUCAUUUUCCCGCGGGAAUUUCCCUUCAAACCUCCUAGUAUUUACAUGAUCACACCAAACGGGAGAUUUAAAUGUAACACAAGGUUGUGUCUCUCCAUCACCGACUUCCACCCAGACACCUGGAACCCCGCGUGGUCUGUCUCCACCAUCCUGACCGGGCUGCUCAGCUUUAUGGUAGAAAAAGGCCCCACUCUGGGCAGCAUUGAGACCUCAGACUUCACAAAAAGACAACUAGCUGCUCAGAGCUUGGCUUACAACCUAAAAGACAAAGUUUUCUGUGAGCUGUUUCCAGAUGUUGUAGAUGAGAUCAAGCAGAAGCAGAAGGCUCAAGAGGAGCUGAGUGCCCGGCCCCAGGCACUUCCCCUCCCAGAUGUGGUGCCCGACGGGGAGGCCCACCAUGCCCAGAACGGGCUCCCCGCCCUCAACGGGCACCUGCCCCUGGCCGGCGGGGCCGCCGCCCACCCCGCCGGCCUCCAGCAGGCCAACCGCAAUCACGGACUCCUGGGCGGAGCCUUAGCAAACUUGUUUGUCAUUGUGGGCUUCGCAGCCUUCGCCUACACGGUCAAGUAUGUGCUGCGGAGCAUAGCGCAGGAAUGAGCGGACCCACAGCCCCAGCGGACUGCGUCCGCUCACCACCAAAUAAAAAAAAAAAAUGGGGGGAGGGAGUCUCAUUUUCCCAUACAGAAAGAUACAAAAUAAGCCCAGCCAAUGAUGGAGGGUUUGGGAAAC